AUGAAUCUCUUCUUACAACAUGGUGUACCGCCAUUGCCGCAAAACUUCACGGUUUAUCACAGAAUUGCCAGUGAAUGUUUUGGACUUCGUGAAACUGAUGGAAUGAGUUUGUGGAAGGAUCUUCGGACGUUUUUAUUUCAACUUGUACAAGCAAUCAAAGUCUCAGAUGUUCCCGACAACAGUGCAAUUGAAAAGUUUGAUCAACUUCUAUUAAUCGCUCAUUAUUACGCUACACGUGCUGCUUGCCGUCAAAUUUCAGCACUUCAAAAUAUUGCAGCAAAAAUUUCUAUCGCACUUCUCCGUUAUACUGACAUUAUUCCAUGUGAUAAAGGAUUCUAUGAAGCUGGAAUGGAUUUGAGACAACAAGGAAGAGAAUCAGAAGCUUUCGUCAUGUUGAAUCAUUAUUUGGAUGUUUGUGAGGCAAUCGAAGAAGGCUCUGGGGAUUUAGUUGAUCAUACAGAUUUAUCAUCAACUGACUUUCCAAGCUCUGUUCCUAUUCCUGAGUUUAUGCAUCUGAGACACGAAGUAAAGCUUCAUGAAGAAGUUCGAGAUUGGAUUCUUGCCAUCAGCAUGGAUCAAAAAGUCGAUCAAACACUUCCGACCGACGACAGAAAUCUUUAUGAAAGUAGUUUGGGAAUUGGCGAUGCUGCUUGUUUAAUUUCCGGUUAUCCUGUUUUAGGACGUCAGCCAAUCACUUUUCAACGAUCAUCUUUACUUGCUAAUCGAGAUAUUUGGAGUAAAUUGACAGUGGCUGCAAAAAUGUCACCUCACACCGAUGCACCUGAUGUUAUAGAAUUCUUGGAACAAUGGCAAGGGCCAGCAAAUUAUAUAAACAAUUAA